AUGAAGCGCCGGUCCGUGCACGCGGGUAAGUCGCCGACGUUGUCCAAGCGCAAGCGGGACGUGGUCAAACGCCUCGAAGCCGAGCCGUUCGCAGACGUGGCUCUCGACACGACGAGUGUCGCCUUUCAGAACUGGGUGCAGAAGGAAGACGCCGCGGAUACGGCCAAGCACGGUGGGUCGUGGCCGCGCUUGGACCUGGGCCGGCGCAUGGAGAUCGUGUCGCACGACGUCAUGCCAUCGGUCGCUCCGCUCCUCAAGCGCAAACGUCACGCGACGGGUCCCGCCGUCGUGAGCCCUCCACGACGCCGCGCGCCAAGCGCGGCCCCAGAGCUGAAUUUACCGUUCCUUGCCAAAGAAGACAA